GAUCCUUGCUCUCGACAACUCGGUAGCUCAUCUCCAAGACCGCCUUCAGCGAGCAGCGACCAAUCGCCGCCGCCGAUGCAGGCUCUUCCAACGCUGCCGACCGCCUCACCGCAUUGGAGAUGCGCGUCGGCUCCCUCCAGGAUGGCGCACAGUUACAGCAGACCGCGACGCAACAAUUGCAGCAGUGGAUCCGCACUACCGCCACUACCUCGAGUCCGGAGCCGCGCGAGACAGCUCCUAAGUUCGAUGGGCAGGAGAUCUUCCACGACUCAAUCAAGACAGAUCCAAUUCYRUGGUUUYGYAAGUUCGAGCUCACGCUGCAGCUCCAYAACGUCAAGGAAAACAAGCACCACGCUUACUUGUACUCUCGCUCAGGGGGCGCGUGUCAGGCGUGGUUGGACAACUUGUUGUCCAAGUACGGAGUGGUAGCAGCGGACUUGCACACCAUGAUCAGCUGGGAUGAUUUGAAGGCGGCGUGGCACAAGCGGUUCCAGGUGGAGCCGCCAGAGAUCAAAGCCAUGGACAAGCUUAUGGUCUUCGAGCAAGGCUCGCUGCCGAGUACGGACUGGAUCGCCGAGUACCAACGCUUGACGUCAGUCCCAGACAUCCAGAUGGGCUUCAAGGCCAUCCGCCACUAUUUCAUCUCAAGGUCAUGUCCGGCAUUGAGCAAUGCCCUGACGCAUGUUGAGGACACCUUGACGACGACGGCGGAAUUAUUCGACAAGGUUGCGCAGAUCAUCGUUACGAACAAGGAGGCCCAAAACCUCCGUUCAUCUGCGUUAGGCCCGAGCGGGAACCAGCAUCGGCCACGAGUGGCCGUGGUCGCAGCGGCAGCGCCGUUAGACCAAUCCAGCGAGGCUGCGUCUGCCAAUGAAGGAGACAGAUUCGCAGCCGCCCGGGAAGGUGGCCGCCCCGGCAGAGGCCGAGGGAAACUGAGCACCGCCGAGAGUGAUGCGACGACACUCUCGACGCCUUCGGAACUGGUUUCUUCGCGAGUGACCAGCCUUCAUUUCGAGGCGCACGCGGAAGUCGACAGUCCUCCGCUUCUACUUUCUUUUGAGGACUAUGCUGCCCGGCUCGUUCCAACGCUGGGUACUCAAGCUCAAGGACAAGGAGUGUGUGCGGUUUCUUCUCCGUCCGGCAACAACGACAGAUCGUCUUCAAGUGGUUCGUCACGGGAUUCGGCGCGCGAGUUCAAUGUAGAGGCAUUGGACCCGCUCACGUCUGAGGACUUCGCAUGGCUUCCUCUCCCCACCACAGGCUGUUUGCCAGGACCGCAAUGCGCAGCACUUAGCGCUCAUCUCCACACUUACCUUUCCUUCUAUGCACCACCAACUUCGCCGACGGAUGAUGAAGUCGCGGUGGGGGACAUCCUGGCAUAUACUACCAAGGUGGCCCGCGAGUUUCACACGCAGCGGUACGAUAACAACAACGCACCGCUCAUGUAUGUCCGCAUCCAGGUUGGACAGGCGUCCUGCAACGCUCUGUUGGAUAGCGGCGCGACUCGCAACUUCAUGAGCCAGUCUUUUAUGCAAAAAGCUGGCCUUGGCGCACAAGUUCGGAGAAAGGCAAACCCAACGGUGAUCAAGUUGGCGGAUGGUAAGACACAACAACUUCUCGACCGUUACAUCGAGGCCGUACCGGUCUACUUCGCACCUCAUGCAUGGGAACCGGUGACAUUCGAUAUUCUCGACACGGACUUCGACAUCAUUCUGGGAAUGCCUUGGCUUGCAAGUGCGGAUCACACGGUCAACUUCCAUCGGCGGACUCUUAGCGUUCRCAACGCCUUCRGSGYSGAAGUGGCGUGUACGAUUCCUCUACCGCACUCUUCGAUCCGGUGCCAAGUGGUAACAGCCAAAUCAUUCCGGGCGACUUGUGCUUACGAGCAGCCCGAGGAGAUCGGCAUAUGUUUCCUACGGACCGUCGCGGUAGCCGACUCUUCACCCACGGACUUGUCUUCGGACCCCCGUGUGGUACGGUUGUUGGACGAGUUCGCCGACAUCUUCGAGUCACCUGCCGGUGUGGUGCCGGGUCGACCGAUCUCUCACGAGAUCAUUCUUGAGGCCGGUGCCGUGCCGCCGAAAGGUUGCAUCUAUCGAAUGAGCGAGGAGGAGCUUGAGGUACUCCGCGCACAACUCGAUGAUUUGUUGCCCAAGGGCUGGAUCCGCCCGAGUAGCUCCCCAUAUGGAGCACCAGUUCUCUUCGUCAGGAAGAAGAACAAGGAUCUACGAUUGUGCAUCGACUACCGCAAACUCAACGCGCAAACCGUCAAGAAUGCGGGGCCUCUUCCUCGCAUCGACGAUCUUCUCGAGCGGCUGGGCGGUGCGAAGUAUUUUUCCAAGCUCGAUUUGAAAUCAGGAUAUCAUCAAAUCUCGAUUCAAACGAAUGAUCGCUACAAAACCGCAUUCAAGACGCGGUACGGACAUUUUGAGUGGGUGGUCAUGCCUUUUGGCCUCACCAACGCCCCAGCGACAUUCCAGGCGGCGAUGAUCAAUGAGUUCCGUGCAAUGUUGGACCGGUUCGUGCUGGUCUACUUAGACGAUAUUCUCGUCUACAGCCGGAUAUUGGAGGAUCAUCUUGGACAUCUUCGACGAGUGUUGGAGACGCUCCGCCGUGCCAAGUACAAGGCCAACCGCGACAAGUGCGAAUUUGUUCGGCAAGAGCUGGAAUACUUGGGCCAUUUUGUCACACCRGAGGGCAUCAGUCCGYUAUCGGACAAGAUUCAGGCCGUCCAAGAGUGGCCGGAGCCUCGGAACGUCACGGAUGUCCGCUCGUUCCUCGGCUACUCCAAGAUCGCGGCCCACUUGAACAAGCUUCAGUGCGAGGAUCGGCCGUUUGACUUUGGAGAGGAGGCGCGGGGAUCAUUCCUCGCUCUCAAAGCCGCGCUAUUGUCUGCAGAGGUCUUGCGGAUAUACGACCCGCUCGCGCCUACGCGUGUCACUACGGAUGCGUCAGGCUAUGGCAUUGGUGCAGUCCUCGAGCAACAUGAUGGUGUGGACUGGCAACCGGUCGAGUACUUCAGCAAGAAAGUGCCACUCGUGCAUUCCAUUGACGAUGCACGUAAGAAGGAGCUCCUCGCCUUCGUCCACGCGCUCAAGCGGUGGCGGCACUUCCUCCUUGGUCGAAGCCAAUUUCGCUGGGUGACGGACAACAAUCUGUUGGUCUUCUACAAGACCCUCUACAAGACCCAAGACACCGUCAACACCAUCGCUCGAUGGAUGGCUUUCAUCGACCAGUUCGACUUCUUUCCCGAUCACAUUCCCGGGAAGUCGAACCGUUUUGCGGAUGCUCUUUCACGGCGUCCGAAUCAUUGUACCGCGGUCUACUCAAUCUUCAAGAUCGAUGACGACCUGCGGAACAGUUUCAUCCACGGCUACCAAGCCGACCCCGAGUUUCGUGACAAGUACGCGAAUUGCUCCUCUCCUACUCCAGCUUCUUCUCACUACCGGAUCCAAGAGGGGUACUUGCUUGUCCACACGCGGGGGAAGGACCUUCUUUGCGUACCAAGUGAUCCUCACUUGCGUACACGGCUUCUUGGCGAGUUCCACGAUGCUCCCGCCACCGGACACUUUGGAGUCGAUCGCACGAUUGGCCGACUUCGCCAACGAUUUUGGUGGCCCGGCCUUCUCGACGACGUUACGCGCUAUUGCGAGUCAUGCGAGGUUUGCCGACGCUGCAAAUCCCGCAACCAUCGUCCGUACGGCGAGUUACGACCAUUCCCAGUCCCGUUGAGGCGAAGGGAAGCGAUUGCCAUGGACAUUACCGGCCCGUUCCCCAAGCACAAGACCGGAGUGGAUGGGAUUCUUACGGUGGUCAACCGACUCACCAAGUUCGCCAUGUUUUUGCCUUGUCGCUAUCCUGCCAAGGCACCGGAGUUGGCCGAGGUUCUCUACGCCGGUUGGAUUCGAACCAAGGGUUACCCCAAGGAAAUCGUCUGCGAUUGCGACACUCGGUUCAUGUCCGAUUUUUGGUUGGCACUCAUCAAGCGAUCGGGCUCAUCUCUCAAGCCCAGAUCAGCUCGCCACCCUCAGACCGAUGGCCAGACGGAGAGGGCGCAUCAGACCGCACAGGUUCUCCUUCGCACUCUCAUCCGCCCCGACCAGAAGGACUGUGUUGAGCGGCUGCCGGAUGUCAAGUUGGCCUACAACUCAUCUAUCCACCCGGCUAUCGGGAUGUCGCCCUUUGAGUUUGAGCACGGCUCGCCGGUCACUUCACCGUUGGACACUAUUACUCCACGAACGGUCAAGAGCGACGAGCAUCUUCUUUUCUUGCGUCGGAUGCAAGAGCUUCUUGUCAAGGCACGCGAUCAGAUGACUAAGACGCAGCAGCGCAUGAGCCAACAGGCCAAUCGCCAGCGUCUUCCUUGCCCAUUCCGCGCAGGCGACCUUGUUUGGGUUUCCGCAGCGGAAUUCAGCCUUGAACAAGACAUCUCUCGCAAGCUCCUCCCGAAAUGGAUGGGGCCUUGGCCGAUUGUAGCGCCCGCUGGGGACGCACCCGAGGGACCUUCCUUCACGAUUCAGCUGCCUGGCCACUUGCCGGUCUACCCAGUCUUUCAUUGCUCCAAGUUGGCUCUUUACACGCCAGCGGAACAUGACGAUUUUCCCGGGAGACGUACACAAGACCCACCUUCUAUGGACGGUUUUCAGGAGGUCGGCGACAUCAUCUCCCAGCGACGCUACGGCAACAAGCCAACUGAGKAUUUGGUGCACUUUGCAUACUGCACACACCGAGCUGACCGUUGCUCAUCGCUUGUGCCAAAAGAUCCAACGGUCCUGCUUACAAUCGCCGGCAUGCUGCAGUUCAAGCCCAUAUUUCUGGGUCAGGAGCCAAGGCAAGUUGAGCGAGCCACGACAUCCCAGAAGUGCAUUCGGACAAAUGAUGUUGAAAACGUUGGGAGAACAGCCAGACAUCAUACAUUCUUUGAGAUGCUGGGCAACUUCAGCUUUGGUGAUUACUUCAAGAAAGAGGCCAUUCAGUGGGCGUGGGAGCUUGCUACUCAGGAGGCCAUUUCCAGACUUUUGCCUUGUGAGAAAUUGAGAGGGGAGGGGGGGAGGGGGGAGGGGGGGCAGAAAGGGGUGGAUCAGGGAUUUCUGAGGAGUAGCGGAUGUAAUGGCUGGGUUGCUUGUAGAGGGGCACAGCAGUCGCUAUGCUGCCACCCAUCAAAUCCACAUGGCAUUCAUCCAGGCCGUGAGAUUCUCUCGAGACUCGCCUCCAACAAGGGAGAAGCGUCGCAGUCGUGUCGGCAGGUGGCGAGGGCUUUGGGUCGGCGACACGGUCUGGUUAAUGACAGCCCAACGUCCGUGGGAUUAACCGAAGGAUUGCGGUUAUCGCGAGGAAGUCGGCAAAGGACGGGAUUUUGGGGGAAAGGAUCGGGAUGGCUCAGUGGACCCAGACAUGAGGAACAGAGGGGGGUGAAUGUGAUGAGCUGUGAUGAGCAGUGUUGCGGGUUCAAAUUGCCUGUUGAACGACUCUGGGUCAGCGUGUUUGAAGAUGAUGAUGAAUCCUUCCUGCUUUGGCGUGAUAUGAUUGGAGUGCCGGAGGAGAGAAUACAACGGAUGGGAGCUGAUGACAACUUUUGGGCAAGCGGUCCAACCGGUCCCUGCGGACCUUGUUCUGAGAUGUACUACGAUUUUCAUCCAGAGCGGGGCACAUCCGGUGCGACACUAGAGGACGAUUCUCGCUUCAUCGAGUUCUAUAAUCUAGUGUUCAUGCAGUUCAACCGAACUGAAUCGGGCGAAUUGGUCCCACUGAAGAACAAAUACAUCGACACAGGGUUGGGGCUCGAACGGAUGGCUCAGAUUCUUCAGGAGGUAAUUGGCGAUCAUAUGAGAGCGGUUGUCUAUCUAAUUUCAGAUGGAGUAGUGCCUUCAAACAUUGGACGGGGGUAUGUAGCUCGUCGUUUGAUUCGCAGGGCGGUGAGGAUGGGUCGGCUUCUUGGAAUAAAGGGUGGGGGCAUUGGCAAUGAGGAAGGGGCAUUUUUGCCAGCCUUGGCAGAAGUUGUCGUCAAGAUGUCACGGGACGUCGAUCCAGAUGUUGAAAAUAAUGCUACCCGAAUUCAGGAGGAACUAAAGCGAGAGGAGAUGAGGUUUGUCCAAACUCUCGAAAGAGGAGAAAAACUUCUGGAAGAGCUGUUGAUUGAGGCUUUGGAAACAGGAAAAAGGGAAAAAUGUGGGAAUCCAUGUCUAUCUGGCAAGGAUGUUUUCCUGCUUUACGACACGUUCGGGUUCCCUGUGGAGAUCACAACUGAGGUUGCAUUGGAGCGUGGAGUGGAGGUGGACAUGGAGGGUUUUGAGGCUGAGAUGGAGAUACAGAGGAAGCAGUCACAGGCAGCUCAUGCAGCAGUUAAGCUUGCGGUCGGGAGUGCGGCGGCUGAUCUGGCAGACAACCUACCCCGUACAGAGUUUGUUGGGUACGACAAGCUGCAGGUAAAUGCAAGAGUUACUGCAAUUGUCUCUGGUGGAGAAGCUGUGAGCGCGGCAACUGAGGGAAACGUUGUCGACAUUGUGCUGGACAGGACUCCCUUCUAUGCCGAGUCUGGUGGACAGGCAGCUCUGAAGAAAGUACUCGGCGAAGAAACUUCGCAAGCUGGGUCUCUGGUAGCAUUUGACCGUCUGCGGUUUGACUUCAACUCUCCCCGUGGAUUGACAGAUGAUGAAAUUGUUCGCAUCGAAGGCCUUGUGAAUGACUGGAUAGGAAGAGCCGUUCCACUGGAGUCAAGCGUCAUGGGGUUGACGGAGGCAAAGAAUGCAGGAGCAAUUGCAAUGUUUGGUGAGAAGUACGGGGAGGAAGUGAGGGUUGUAACGGUCCCGGAGAUCUCAAUGGAGCUAUGUGGUGGAACACAUGUUAGAAACACCGCAGAGAUCAGAGGGCUAAAAAUCAUCUCAGAGGCGGGCAUUGCGUCGGGAGUCCGUCGGAUUGAAGCAGUUGCUGGCCCGGCAGUCCUCGAGUAUCUGGACGAGAGGGAGCGUAUUGUACGGCACCUAAGUUCGCAGCUGAAGGUAAAAGCUGAGGAGGUCCCAGCGCGAGUGGCAGAUCUGCAGGAAGAGGCAAGAGCAUCUAGGAAUGAAGUGGCGCUGUUGAAAGCGGCGUUGGCAGUAACCAAAGCAGAGCUGCUUGCAGACCAGGCGGAGGUCAUCGGCGGGAAUUGCAAGGUGAUUGUAGCGCCACUGGAGGCGGUCGAUCCAGAGUCGUUAAGGCUUGCGGCUGAGAGGUUACUCCAACGUCUAGGCGAUCCCGCAGCUGUCGUACUCGGUUCCGUUCCUGAGGAAGGGAAAGUGAGCCUCGUGGCGGCAUUCAGCGACUCCAUCGUGAAAUCUGGUGUCCAGGCUGGCAAAUUCAUAGGCGCGGUUGCAAAAGUGUGUGGAGGCGGAGGAGGAGGGAGGCCCAACAUCGCUCAGGCGGGUGGGAGGCUGCCAGAGAAACUCCCAGAGGCCUUGGAAAAGGCGAGGUCGGAUUUGCAGGCGGCGAUAAUUACCAAGAAACAGUAAUUCCUCUGCCGAGGUCUCACACAUGCGCAUUCUCCGUUUCCAGGCCCGUGGAUCUUCACGGUCUUUUUUUUCCUUUUUUUUCCUUUUUUUUUUUUUUUAAAUCGAUCCUCACGGUCUAUUGUGGUUCAAAAUGCCGAAUUCUGGUAAAGAGGGGCCUUGCCCCUGAGAAAGGUCCUUAGAUAGAGCAGAGCUUUCGGGUGCUGGUCCCUCCCUCCCUCCCUCCCUCCCCAGAACAGAAACGAGCCUUCUUGUGUUUUUGUACUAAAAGCCAAGUUUGAUGCAACAAGGAGGGCUCCUUGCCAGUCAGAGCAUUCAGCAAUGGUGAGGGAACAAAUACACCGCCACAUCUCAGCUGCCAGGGGGAAUGCGAAGGAGAACGGCCCGACAUCAUGCAUGCAGGUUGGCGGAACUUUGCAGGGGAAGCCUGCUUCCAGAGAGGGGGGGUCUCAUCUGGAGUCUGCAAUCACGAACAACGAUUCAUGAAGUCAUCCAGGUGUCAUCCAGGGGUGUCAUCCAGGUGUCAUCCAGGGAUCAUCCAGGGGUCACCCAGGGGUCAUCCAGGGGUCAUCCAGGGGUCAUCCAGGUGCGAUCUAGGCUUCAGCCAGGGGUGUCAUCUAGGGUCGUCCAGGUGUCAUCCAGGGGUGUCAUCCAGGGGUGUCAUCCAGGGGUGUCAUCCAGGGGUGUCAUCCAGGGGUGUCAUCCAGGGGUCAUCCAGGGAUCAUCCAGGGGUCAUCCAGGGGUCAUCCAGGGGUCAUCCAGGGGUCAUCCAGGGGCGAUCUAGGCUUCAGCCAGGGGUGUCAUCUAGGGUCGUCCAGGUGUCAUCCAGGGGUGUCAUCCAGUGGUCAUCCAGGCGUCAUCCAGGCGUCAUCCAGGCGUCAUCCAGGCGUCAUCCAGGGGUGUCAUCCAGGGGUCAUCCAGGGGUCACCAUGGGGUUUCAUCCAGGUGCGAUCCAGGCGUCAUCCAGGGGUGUCAUCCAGCUGUCAUGCAGUCAAGACAGUGCGAUAAUUCUUGUCAGACAAACAUACCGUGUCGGUGGGAGAUGCAAGUAGUAAUGUAUCUGACCUGAAUUCUGGUCAGAUGCAGUCAAGACAGUGCGAUAGUUCUCGUCAGGCACACAUGAUAUUUAUUGACUGCCCUGUGUCGGGUGUAACGCAGGCUAAGUCCAGUUCUGCGGACUGGUAUUGAUAAUUAUGCCCAACAACCUGAGGUUUUGCCAAACAAACAUACCAAAGAGAAAGGUGGAGCAGCAGUGGUAGGGAGUGCAGUGGCAGUGGGGAGAGGGCGGCAAGCAGCUCAGAUUAUACAUUCCUGAGGUUUCAGUCUAUUUUUCAGAAUUCAUUCCAUGUCAUGAAUUCAGUGUUGUGCUUUGCUUACCGGAUUCGUUUCCGUUACCCGCAUUCCAACGCC